AUGGUUCAACAGCCUUCCCUGGACUCACUCGUGGGCCGGGGUAGUGCGCGAAGUACUAUUCCUGUUUGGGUCUGGCGAAGCCACACCGGAGCUGCGACAAAACCACUGUCGCGAGCACAGCCACCAGGGUCGCAGAGCUCGCCGCGGUGCUCGGGUACACGUUCCAGCACCACUCGUGGACCGCCACGAGGGCCGUCUGCACGUACCACGGCAGACGGCCAAGCUGCAGCAGCAUCGGCAGCGAGUACAUGUACCAGGCCAGGAACUGGUAGUGCAGCGAGCGCGCGAACAGGACGCCGAGCAGGUUCGACGUCGCCAUCACCCAGAAGACGUACGUGCCGCUUUCUGGGGAGAGAAUCACGUUCCCGGGGCCUAUGGUGUCUUUGUGGAAAAUCAGUGCGUCCUUGA